AUGGUUGGUGUUAGUGUGUUACAGACAUCAAAAAUAGCAAAUAUGAGUCUAGGCUGUGAUUUCUCUGUUCUGGAAGAGCUUAUUUCAAAUGCCAAGAAAAUUCAAGAUAAUGUAUUGGACAAGAUACUCAAAACUAACGCAAACACAGAGUACCUACACCGUUUUCUCGAGGGAAGCUCUGACAAAGAGUUGUUUAGAAAGAAUGUACCAGUGGUGAGCUAUGAAGAUGUUAAGCCUUAUAUCGAUCGUGUGGCAAACGGAGAACCCUCCGACAUCAUUUCGGGAGAACCCAUUACUACGUUUAACCGAAGCUCUGGAACUUCAAGUGGCAAUCAAAAGAUAUAUCCUACGAACAACAUCUACUUUGAGAAUCUGCUAUUCGGCUAUGCACUAAGCUCUGUCGUUAUGUCCAAGCAUGUAGAUGGUUAUAAGCAAGGAAAGAUGAUGAUAUUUAGGUUCACUCACCAGAUAUCCCCAACUCCUUGUGGUUUGCCUAUUGCUCCCGCGCUAACGAGCUUCACAAAGAGCAAAUAUUAUUCAAGGAUGGCAAAAAAUAGUACAAGCCCAUAUGUGGUCGCACUGUGUCCGGAUCCCAAACAGAGUAUGUACUGUCAACUUCUAUGUGGUCUUGUCCAGAGAGACGAGGUUGUAAGUGUCGGCACUACGUUCCCCUCUGUCUUGGUUCAAAUAGUCCAUUUUCUUGAAAAUUACUGGAAAGAGUUGUCUAGUAAUAUCCGAUCUGGUCAUGUCAGCGACUGGAUCACCGACCUUAGUUGUAGAGAUUCUGUCUCUAUCAUCCUUGGAGAACCAAAUGCUGAAUUGGCAGAUUUAAUCGAAAAAGAAUGCAGACAAGAAUCUUGGCAAGGUAUCAUUACAAGACUUUGGCCCAAAACCAAAUGCAUUGAAACUAUUGUUACAGGUACUAUGUCUCAACACAUCCCAGCACUGGAUUAUUACUCUAAUAAACUGCCUCUAGUUUCCAAAGUUUAUGCAUCCUCUGAAGCAUUUUACGGGUUAAAUUUGAAUCCUCUAAGCAAACCACAACAUGUGUCCUACACAUUCCUACCCAACAUGUCAUAUUUCGAGUUCAUACAUGUUGAUGCCGAUGGAGAAGCCACAAGCGAGAUUGUUGAUCUUGUGGAUGUGAAGUUAGGUGACUACUAUGAGCCCUUGGUCACAAACUAUUCCGGUUUACACAGAUGUAAAGUGGGAGAUAUUUUACAGGUCACUGGGUUUUACAAUAACACACCACAAUUCAGAUUCGUACGUAGAAAAAAUACGGUUUUAUGCGUCGAUGUAGAGCCAACAACUGAAGAAGAUAUUUCAAAGGCGUUGGCUCGUGCAACAGUCGUUCUUGAAUCUUCGGAUUUGAUUUUGACAGGGUUCACAUGCUAUGGUGACAUCUCCACUGUACCGGGUCACUACGUCUUUUACGUGGAACUCAAAGCCAAAGUCAACAAUGGCACCAACGUUCUACAACUUGAUAACAAGGUGUUGGUGGAGUGUUGUUGUGUCAUGGAGGAAUCAUUGAGUAGUCUUUAUAGGAGACUUAGGGGAGAUGAGGGAUCGAUUGGAGCUCUAGAGAUAAGGGUUGUGCAAAAAGGAACGUUUGAUUCUCUCAUGGAGUUCUUUGUCUCGCGAGGUUCUUCUAUAUCUCAAUACAAGACACCUAUAUGCAUAAAGUCUGCUGAGGCUUUACAGGUUCUUGAAGACAAGGUUCUUGCUCGGUUCUUCAGCGACAGAUCCCCUACUCUCUGA